GGAGUGGUACAGUCCUUGGCUCCAUCACAUGUGUUUCUGACACAGCUAGAACUAACGCUUCUGGACUUUGUGCUCCUGGGUUCGGCGGGUCCAGGUCGUUGUCUCGUAAUUUAGACAGUGUGUGUGGCUGGUUGUUUGCGGAGGAAUUUCCCCCGCUCCAGAGCACUCAGUGUGUGAGAGACGCGGGAAGGCGUGACUGCGGGAAAUUUAUCGCCCUAACCGUUAUUUUACCUCACCUCGCAGCUGCUGCUUUUAAUAAGUUUGGAUACCUACUGUAAAGUUUUUGUUCAUCUCGUUCCACUACAAUGGGGAUCUAAGCCGAAUUUUACGAGCAGGUGGGAGUGGAACUUAGAGUGGAGAAAGAGGCGUAGAGACCGACCGACAGCUGAAGAGAAGCAAACUAGAACAGACAGCAGCAAGAGAGAAGCGCAAAAGAGGAGGAACACAGCAUGAAUGUAGCAUGGAGGUGAAGGAGCGUCGGCCUUACUGCUCUCUCUCUCGGAGCAGGAGAGAACGAGGGAGAGACUGGGAGAGGGAAGGAGACAGAGAGGAGGGGGGGGGCUACAGGGAGGGUCCCGGCAACCGCCGUCACACCGGCUCAUCCUCCGUCCUUACCCAGAAGUCCUAUAGCUCCAGUGAGACGCUGAAGGCCUUUGAUCAACACCCAUCCACCCAGGGGCUUUAUGGGCAUCGCAUGCCAGACAUGGUGCCAAGGGACACUGAGGAAUACAGAGCUCCAGGCCAAAGUCUGUCACUGAGGCAGCUUGGGAUAUGCGGACCUGCUCCUCGCCGCGGUCUGAGCUUCUGCGCUGAGACCGGACUCAGUCAUCAUACGCAGCUCAGCGGAGCAGACCCUAUCCAGAACGCAGGGGGUAUUUCUCCCGACUGCGCCAUGCUGUGGGUUAAGGCACACGGACGCGACUCGCAGCUGUCUAGCCGGUCCAACUCUGCUUUAACGCUCACAGACACAGAGCAGGACAACAAAUCGGAUCAGGAGAAUGACCAGCUUCCCAGCCAAGCAGGACCGCCUCCUCUGCCACCUGCUCCACAUCAACACAAGCAGCAUCCGUCAGUCACCUCUCUCAACCAAUCACUGGCCAAUCAGCCGACAGAGCUACACAGUGCAUCCGAAUGCGUGCAGCUGCAAGAAAACUGGGUUCUGGGUGGCAACGUGGGCUUGGAGAACAGGCACUUUCUGCUUAAGACUGGAACAGGCACCACGUCUCUCUUCACAACUCCGAAUCCCGGUUAUACGAUGGCAACCGGAGCUGUCUACUCUCCACCAGCCCGUCCCUUAACCCGCAACACGCUAUCAAGAGGUGCAUUCAAAUUUAACAAGUCGCCUAAACGGUGUUCAUGGAAAUGCACCGCUCUGAGUGCCGUUGGAGUGGCCACCUUGCUGUCAAUCCUGCUCUGCUACUGUAUAGCCAUGCAUGUACUUGGCCUGAACUGGAAACUGAAGGAUGUGGAUAAUCACGCCUUUGAGAAUGGACGAGCCAAACCAGUGACGUUCCCGACCAACACUGUGACUGCAAUUUCUGCAGAUGGAAGGGUAGGAGUGAUGCUGCAGUAUAACUCCACAUUAGACACAGGUCAGGUGGAGUUGGGUCAGCAGGUAGCACAUGCCGUUCCACCAGGAGUUUUCUGGAGGUCCAGACUUCUCAUUGAACAGCCCCACUUUCUCAAGUUUAAUAUUUCCAUUCAGAAAAAUGCCCUGAUUGGAGUUUAUGGGAGGAGGGGACUUCCACCCUCACACACCCAGUACGACUUUGUGGAGCUUCUGGACGGCAGUAGGCUCAUCUCACGAGAGCGCGUUCAGUUGGAUCCGGAGCUCAGGGACCGACUGGAGAAUCCGGUCAGCGUUCAGCAGGCAGGCUUUAUUCAGUACCUGCACACGGGUGUGUGGCACUUGGCCUUUUACAAUGAUGGCCGCACGGUAGAGCCUGUCUCAUACAGCACCAUAGUGCUAGAGUCGGUGAUGGAAUGCCCACACAAUUGCUAUGGCAAUGGAGAAUGUGUCUCAGGCACAUGUAAUUGCUUCCCAGGAUUCCUUGGGCCAUAUUGCUCGAGAGCGGCGUGUCCUGUGCUGUGCAGCGGAAAUGGCCAGUACAACGGCGGGCGCUGCCAGUGCUACAGCGGAUGGAAAGGGAUUGAAUGUGACGUGCCCAGUGGACAGUGUGUGGAUUCCCAGUGUGGAGGUCGUGGCCUGUGUGUUACAGGCUCCUGCAUAUGUAACCCUGGCUUCAAAGGUGACAACUGUGACCAAGUGGACUGUGUGGACCCUUCCUGUUCGGGUCAUGGCUCCUGCCUCCAUGGUCAGUGCCACUGUACCUCAGGCUGGACCGGAUCGAACUGUGAGACGCAGCUCUCUGUGUGUCCAGAACACUGCUCUGGCCACGGUACAUUCCAGAGUGAGACCAGCUCUUGCAUCUGUGACGUCAACUGGAGCGGUCCUGACUGCUCUACAGAAAUGUGUGCAACAGAUUGCAGUCCUCACGGUGUGUGUGUUGGUGGUGUGUGUCGGUGUGCGGACGGCUGGUCGGGGGCAGGGUGUGAACAGGAGGAGUGUCAGGCACACUGUGGGGAGCACGGCGUGUGUCGAAAGGGGAAGUGUGAGUGCCACCAAGGUUGGACGGGAGAAAACUGCAAUAUCGCUCACUUUUUGGACAGCAAAAUAAAAGCAGACUGGAUAGGAUAUAGAGAUAGCUGUCCAGGGCUGUGUAACAACAACGGCAGGUGCAUUCUGGACCAGAACGGAUGGCACUGCCUCUGCCAGUCGGGAUGGAGAGGGGUGGGGUGUGAUGUUGCCAUGGAAACACUUUGCUCUGACGGCAAGGACAAUGAGGGAGAUGGCUUGGUGGACUGUAUGGACCCAGACUGUUGCAUUCACAGCACCUGUCAGGGUCAGACGUAUUGCCGUGGGGCUCCAGAUCCCAGUACAAUUCAACACCUCAGCUCACCUACUCCAGAAGCUCAGGGCUUCUAUCAGCGCGUCAGCUUUCUGGUAGCUCCGGGGGGCACACAUACCCUACUAGGGGAAAACACGUUCAACAGCAGCCUGGUGUCCAUAGUGCGAGGACAGGUGGUGACCAGUGACGGCACUCCGCUGAUUGGGGUGAAUGUGUCCCUUCUGCAUUACCCCCAGCAGGGUUAUACCAUCACCAGACAGGACGGCAUGUUUGAUUUAUUGGUUAACGGAGGCACUGCAUUGACGUUGCGUUUCGUGCGCGCUCCGUACUCUGCCGUGCAUCGCACAGUGUGGUUGUCAUGGAGAGUUUUCCAUGUGAUGGACACACUGGUGAUGAGAAAAGAGGAAAGAGACACGCCAACCUGUGAAUUUAGUGGCCUUGACAGACCCUCACCCCGAAUCACAGCGUCACCACUCUCCACCUUCUACCGCUCCAGCCCCGAGGCCAGCCCCAUCAUUCCUGAGACACAGGUUCUUCACGAGCACACGGCCAUCCCUGGGAGUGAUUUAGACUUGAUAUACUUGAGUUCACGUGCUUCAGCCUACAAACCUGUUCUCAAGGUCAUCUUGACCCAGUCUAGCGUGCCCUUCGGCUUGGCUCGGGUCCACCUCAUGGUGGCUGUGGAGGGCAGAAUGUUUCAGAAGCAGUUCCCAGCUUCACCCCGGCUCUCUUACAGCUUUAUCUGGGACAAGACAGAUGCGUACAGCCAGAGAGUCUACGGACUCGCAGAGGCUGUAGUAUCCGUGGGCUUUGAGUAUGAAUCAUGCCUGAAUGUGAUCCUGUGGGAAAAGCGGACAGCCACGCUGCAGGGAUAUGAGCUGGAGGCCUCCAACAUGGGCGGAUGGAGCCUGGAUAAGCAUCACAUCUUGGAUGUGCCAAACGGGAUCCUGUAUAAGGGAAAUGGUGAGAAUGUCUUCCUCUCCCAGCUUCCUCCCAUCAUCAGCACCAUAAUGGGGAAUGGCAGACGCAGAAGCAUCUCCUGUCCGAGCUGUAACGGGCAGGCGGAGGGAAACAAACUGCUGGCUCCUGUUGCUCUUGCAUGGGGUAUCGACGGGAGCCUGUAUGUUGGCGACUUCAAUUACAUCAGACGCAUCUAUCCGUCGGGCAAUGUCACCAGUGUCAUGGAGCUCAGAAAUAAGGAUUUCAGACACAGUAACAAUCCCGCUCACCGCUACUACCUGACCACGGAUCCCGUGAUGGGCCGACUCUACGUGUCCGACACCAACUCCAGACGCAUCUACAGCCCGCAAGCGCUCCUGUCCAGCUCGGAGCCCCAGCAGAACGUGGAGGUGGUGGCGGGAACGGGAGAUCACUGUCUGCCUUUUGACGAAGCUCACUGUGGAGAUGGAGGACCAGCCACAGAGGCUCUCCUCACUGGACCUAAAGGGAUCGCUGUCGACAAGAACGGACUGAUCUACUUUGUGGAUGGGACUGUGAUCCGAAAGGUGGAUCAGAACGGCAUCAUCUCCACCCUGCUGGGGUCCAACGACCUUGCCUCUGCUCGACCUCUGAGCUGCGACUCGGUUAUGGACAUCCAUCAGGUGUCUUUAGAAUGGCCGACAGAUCUGGCUGUUAGUCCAAUGGAUAACUCAUUGUUUGUGCUGGAUGGCAGUGUGGUUUUGCGGAUCACUGAGGAGGGGCAGGUCAGCGUGGCAGCAGGCAGACCCCUUCACUGCCCCAUGCCUUCUACAGACAUCUUGGUGACAGAAACACAGCGAGCCACGCAUACCCAUCUGGAAUCCCCAAGCGCCAUCGCCGUCUCCUUCAAUGGAGUGCUGCACAUCGCCGAGACAGACGAGAGGAAGAUGAGCCGCAUACGCAGCGUGGCGGCAGAUGGCGAGAUCACUCACCUGGCGGGGGCGCCAUCUGAUUGCGACUGCAAGACCGACGUCAACUGUGAUUGUUACCUAACUGGAGACGGCUUCGCUAAAGAUGCUCGGCUGAACGGGCCAUCCUCUCUCGUGGCAGCUCCGGAUGGAACCUUGUAUGUAGCCGACCUAGGAAACAUUCGUAUUCGAGUGAUAGGAAAAAACAAGCCUGCACUUAACAGCAUGGGCUUGUAUGAAGUGGCAUCGUCCGCGGAGCAGGAAGUGUACAUGUUUGACAGUAAUGGCACACACCAGCAUACGGCCAACUUGAUCACUGGAGACUUCAAAUAUAACUUCAGCUAUAGCAAUGAAGGAGAUCUGACCUCAGUGGCCGAUAGUCAUGGGAACACGCUACGGAUUCGCCGGGACACCAGCCGCCUUCCUGUCCGCAUCGUUGCACCUGACAACCAGGUUAUUUGGCUAACUGUAGGCUCGAGUGGUGGGCUAAAGACCCUUGGAACACAGGGGCGUGAACAGGUGCUGCUAACUUACCAUGGCAACAGUGGUCUCCUGGCAACCAAGAGCACUGCCAAUGGAUGGACAACAUUUUAUGACUAUGACACAGAGGGACGACUGACAAAUGUGACUUUUCCCACUGGAGUGGUGACCAGUCUGGCCUAUGACAUGGAUACUGUCUCUACAGUAGAGAGAGAAAGUUUUGAACGAGAUGAAGCUGCAACCAUAACUACAAACCAGUCUGCAAUUCAAAACGUCCUCACGUUACACCAAGAUCAGUUGAAGAACAACUAUGUGAUUGGCUACGACCAUUCCUUAUGGAUUCUGUAUGCUAAUGGAAUGAACACUCACUACCAGACCGAGCCUCACAUUCUGGCUGGUGCAUCCUCCCCUACUGUGGCACGAAGAAACAUAACUCUACCUGAUGACAGCGGGCAAAACUUGGUAGAAUGGCGGUUUCGUAAAGAGCAGACGAGGACAAAGGUCACAGUGUUUGGACGCAAAUUACGAGUAAAUGGACGGAACAUUUUGUCUGUUGAUUAUGACCGAGCGCUGAGGAUUGAAAAGAUCUAUGAUGAUCACCGUAAAUUCCUUCUGAAGAUUGGUUAUGACACAGCAGGUCAGCCUACUCUCUGGAUGCCAAGUAGCAAGCUGCUGCCUGUCAACCUCACUCGCAACAGCAACGGGCAGUUGAGUGCCAUACACUGGGGCUCUGUCUCUGAGAGGGCCGAGUAUGAUGGACAAGGCCGUCUGCUUUCCAGAACAUUUCCUGAUGGGAAGACCUGGAGCUACACUUAUUUGGAGAAGUCCACAGUCCUGAUCCUGGCGAGUCAGCGGCAGUACGUCUUUGAAUAUGACCCUCAAGGAGGCCUUUCUGCAGUCACUAUGCCUAGUGUGGCACGAUACACUAUGGAGACCAUACGCUCUGUGUCUUACUACCGCAACCUUUACCAUAUGCCAGAGAGCAACGCUUCUGUCGCUGUGGACUACAGUGAGGACGGGAGGCUCCUGAGAGUGGCACAGCUGGGCACGGGUCGGAGAGUCCUUUACCGGUACCGCUGGCACAACAAACUCUCAGAGGUUCUGUACGACAGCAUUCGAGUCAGCUUCACCUACGACGAAACUGCAGGUGUGCUGAAGACGGUCAAUCUGCAGAGUGAGGGUUUUAUAUGCACCAUUAGAUACAGGCAGCUCGGCCCAUUGGUAGACCGGCAGAUCUACCGCUUCAGCGAGGACGGGAUGGUAAACGCUCGCUUCGACUACGCUUAUGACAGCAGUCUACGUGUGACGAGUAUUCAGGGGGUGAUCAAUGAAACCCCGCUCCCUAUUGACCUUUAUCAAUAUGAUGACAUCUCAGGGAAGGUGGAGCAGUUUGGCAAAUUUGGCGUCAUCUAUUAUGACAUCAACCAAAUCAUCUCUACCUCUGUCAUGACGUACACCAAACACUUUGAUGGGCACGGACGAGUUCGAGAGAUUCAGUAUGAGCUCUUUCGUUCUCUGCUUUUCUGGAUCACAGUCCAGUAUGACGACAUGGGCCGAGUCACCAGGCGGGAGAUGAAAAUUGGCCCAUUCGCCAAUGCCACCAAGUACAGCUAUGAAUACGACGUGGACGGGCAGUUGCAGACUGUGUACCUCAAUGAGAAAAUGACAUGGCGCUACAGCUAUGACUUAAACGGGAACAUACACCUGCUGAGUCCAGCAAACAGCGCACGAAUCAUGCCUCUACGAUAUGACCUACGGGACCGUAUAACUCGUCUCGGAGACCUGCAGUACGAGUUGGACGAAGAUGGGUUUCUUCGUCAGAGAGGUUCUGAGAUCUUCCAGUACAACUCCAAUGGACAUCUAGAACAUGUCUAUAGUAAAUCCAGCGGCUGGUCUGUCCAGUACCGUUACGAUGGUUUAGGAAGAAGAGUUUCCACAAAGUCCAGCAUGGGACAACAUCUGCAAUUCUUCUAUGCUGACCUGAGCUACCCAAGCAGGAUAACACAUGUCUACAACCAUUCCAGCUCACAGAUUACCUCUCUAUACUAUGACCUGCAAGGACACUUGUUUGCAAUGGAGAUCAGCAGUGGAGCGGAGUUUUACAUAGCCUGUGAUAACAUAGGAACACCACUGGCUGUCUUUGGCAGCGAUGGCGCCCUUCUCAAACAGGUUCAUUAUACGGCCUACGGCGAGGUCUACUCAGACUCCAAUCCUGAUAUGCAGUUGGUAAUUGGGUUUCAUGGAGGACUUUACGACCCUUUAACAAAACUGCUUCAUUUUGGAGUUCGGGAUUAUGACAUCAUGUCGGGUCGCUGGAAUGCGCCUGACUUCAUGCAGUGGGAGAAAAUCAGCAAGAACCCAGGCCCUUUCAAUCUCUACAUGUUCCGAAACAACAACCCAAUAAGUAAAGUGCAGAAAGUUCGAGACUACUUAACAGAUGUAAACAGCUGGCUGGUCACAUUUGGAUUCCAUCUCCAUAAUAGUAUCCCUGGUUUCCCUAUCCCCAUUUCUGAGAUGACACAAGCCUCUUACGAACUGGCCAAAAGUCAAGUGUGGGACGAUCUGACACCCAGCUUUGCAGUCCAGCAGCAUGUCAUCCGACAAGCUGAAGCAUUUCUAACAUUUGGGGAUCUGCCACAGGUUGAGUUUGGCCAUAGCCAAAGGGCUGAUAAACCCUGGCUGUGGUUUGCCUCAAGCGAUUCAUUGAUAGGUCGCGGGAUCAUGCUGGCACUUUACAAGGGCAUCGUGAUAACUCGCGCGCUGAGCCUGGCUAAUGAGGAUUGCGUCAAGGUUGCCAACAUCCUCAAUGGCGCACUUUACUUGAAAGACUUGCACUUUAUUGUGGACGGCAGAGACACGCACUUCUUCGUUAAAAUGAAUUCUCCCGAAGCAGACCUGGCGGCGCUGCGGCUUACCAGCGGACGGAAAGAACUCGAGAACGCGGUGAACGUGACCGUCUCGCAGUCCACAGCUGUGCUAGGCGGCCGCACCCGCCGCUUCGCGGAUGUGGAGUUUCAGAGAGGGGCUCUCACCCUGCACGUGCGCUACGGGGCGUCUCUGGAUGAGGAACGAGUGCGGGUUUUAGAGCUGGCCCGACAGAGGGCUCUCGCCGUCUCGUGGGCACGCGAGCAGCAGCGGGUCCGAAACGGAGAGGAAGGAUCCCGCCUGUGGACUGAGGGAGAGAAGAGGCAGCUUCUCGGCACGGGACGAGUGCAAGGCUACGACGGAUACUACGUGCUGUCCGUAGAGCAGUAUCCCGAGCUGGCCGACAGCGUCAACAACAUUCAGUUCCUCAGACAAAAUGAGAUUGGCAAAAGGUAGUGAACAGACCGUGAUUAGCGCAAUUUGUAAUAGAAGAAUAAGUAAGGCGGACAGAUUUAUUUCAUUCUCAGAGUUUGUAAAAACGCUACUACUCCUAGUCUAAUAAGAAGAGUACUACCUAGGGGGAAAAAACGAGCAUUAAAACAACGCUGUGCGUUGCGAAACAUUGUGUUUUCUCAAGACCUAUUUAAGGCCUUAACACGGUUACAGUUGUGGAGCACAAUGAAACUAUGAACUUAACAGCAUCAAGAGACAGGCCAGAUUCAUAGAGCUGUUGAUAUCUUUAUUUAACUAUUUAUUAAUGAUUCAUUUUUACAAGCACUAUUCAAAUGUCCGUAAAAAGAGAAAAACAGCAUACCUUUUGGAAAAUGAAAAUGUUUACAUAUGCAUAUCACUGUACCACUGCAAAAAUACCACAUGUGAUGUCAGGUGGUUUACUGUAGCCAGCUAUACACUGUAAUAUUUUUAUAUUUAUUCAGAUUUGUCUUUUUCUCCUGUACAUUUCAUGAACAUCAUGAUAAAAAAAAGAAUGCUGCUUUUGUUGGCAAUCAUGUCACGUGCAAUGAAAACUCCCCUAAAAUAUGAUUUUAGGUGAUUGUGUGUGUUUUUUAAUAUAUUAUUCAUGUCUGAUUCUACUUUUUAGUUGCAAGAACGUGUUUUAUAAAUGACCUUUGACACUUUGAUUUGCAGCCAUCGUACAACAUACAUUAAACUGAAUAAACUGUACAUAUAAUGAAUAAAAUGGCAGCACAGCACAGAAAAAAAUAUGUAAAUGUCUGUAUUUAUGUAAAUGAGUGUUUACCUGCAUAUUUUUCAAAUUAAAAGCAAUUAUUUGCUUGUUUGGUUACAGGUCCCAAGGGAAAUAUUUAUGAAAACUGUUUGUACUUAAAAGAAAAUAAAUUAUAAAAUAACA